ACGGGCUCCUAGGAGGUUUCUCGUUUUCGUUGAGUAAAAGGUCUGGGACUCUUCUGAGGGAUCAACUUGACUGGCCAUCAAGUUCAGCACUGCCCGAGUCAUUUGAUUCAACUGACGAUGAAAUGGGGAUCAGCCAGUCCGUGGGCUUUCCACCUGUCACAGGACCCCACCUCGUGGGCUGUGGGGAUGUGAUGGAGGGCCACAGUCUCCAGGGGAGUUUCUUUCGACUCUUCUAUCCCUGCCAAGAGGCAGAGGAGACCACGGAGCAGCCCCUGUGGAUUCCCCGCUAUGAGUACUGCGCUGGCCUGGCUGAUUACCUGCAGUUUAACAAACGCUGGGGGGGGUUGCUGUUCAACCUGGCUGUGGGAUCUUGUCGCCUGCCUGUUAGCUGGAAUGGCCCUGUUAAGACAAAGGACUCUGGAUACCCCUUGAUCAUCUUCUCACAUGGCCUGGGAGGCUUCAGGACGUUGUAUUCAGCCUUCUGCAUGGAGCUGGCCUCCCGUGGCUUUGUGGUUGCUGUGCUAGAGCACAGGGACCAGUCAGCUUCAGCCACCUAUUUCUGCAAGCAAGCCCCGGAGGAGAACCAGCCUAGCAGUGAGUCACUGGAGGAGGAAUGGAUCCCUUUCCAUCGAAUUGGGGAAGGAGAGAAGGAAUUCCAUGUUCGGAAUCCCCAGGUGCAUCAGCGGGCAAGUGAGUGUACCCGGGUGUUGAAGAUCCUGCAAGAGGUCACUGCUGGGCAGAAUGUCCUCAACAUCUUGCCUGGUGGGUUGGAUCUGAUGACCUUGAAGGGGAGCAUCGACAUGAGUCGGGUGGCUGUGAUGGGACAUUCAUUUGGAGGGGCCACAUCUAUUCUGGCAUUGGCCAAGGAGACCCAAUUUCGGUGUGCUGUGGCUCUGGAUGCUUGGAUGUUUCCUCUGGAACGUGACUUUUACCCCAAGGCCCGAGGUCCUGUGUUUUUUAUCAAUGCUGAGAAAUUCCAGACGGUGGAGAGUGUCAAUUUGAUGAAGAAGAUAUGUGCCCAGCAUGAACAAUCCAGGAUCAUAACAGUCCUUGGUUCUGUUCAUCGCAGUCAAACUGACUUUGCUUUUGUAACUGGCAACUUGAUUGGUAAAUUCUUCUCCUCUCACGCCCGCGGGAACCUGGACCCCUAUGAAGGUCAGAAGCUUAUGGUGCGGGCCAUGUUGGCCUUCCUGCAGAAGCACCUUGACCUGAAAGAGGACUAUGAUCAAUGGAACAGCUUCAUUGAAGGCAUUGGACCAUCACUCACCCCAGGGGCCCCACACCAUCUGUCCAGCCUGUAGGCACAAGUGGCGAUUUGUAAAGGUCACUUAAGCUGAAUUUCCAUUUGGGGGCUGUCCAGGGGCCCCCAUAACCUCCUAUCAGGAAGUGGUCAACAUGACUCUUUUUCAUAGAUUCAGAGGAUGUAAUCACACUGCUGAUUGGAUAGCUGGGUACUUUGAUCUUGCACUUGUUGAUUUUAAACUCACGUUGGAACUUGGAUCACUUACUGAUUGGCAAACCGACUCUCUGGGCCCUGAUCCCUAAUGGUGUGGGGAACAAACAGUGGGGUGGGGCUGGGGGAGAGCCAGGCCCUAAGCUGAGCACUGUAGGCCCAGACACGAAGACUCAGCCCAGCGGGUCUACUUCCUCGCCUUGGGCCAGUGUUGUUUCUGCAGUAGAAGAGGUAAAGCCAAAGGAUGGAGUGAAAAUCCUGACUUCAGGGCCUCGAGCCCAACCUGAGUCUAUGUCUUCCUGCCUUUUAACCUUCUUCUUCUCCAGGGCAACUUGGUGGAGUGUGAGCACUUUAGGCAACUUUCAAGGAUAUGUACCAUCAACAGAUUUUCCGUUUUUUUCAAGUCUUUCCAUUGCAUGAAACAUAGUACUGGGCACUUAGUGCUAAGUUAUACUUGUGAGACCAUAGUGGGGUAGACAGCACUGUUUCAUGGUAUAGGGAGAGAAGCUCAGGUACAAAGGGGUACCUCAGAAGCUCUGGUUAUCUUUGGGGUUUUGCUAAAAAUGUAUCUUGACAGGAAACAGUGCAAGUAAGUUGAAAUGAGGAAGAUAGAAUAGCGAUUUCAAAUAGCCAUUUGCACAGGCCCUUGCCACAAGAGGAAGUACUUUGGUUAGUUAAAAUUCAGGAGGCCACUCCUAGAGAGGUCUAGAAACACUUUGGUCUUGCCUCUUACCUCAAAUAUCAUGAACUGCCAACUUGCUCAAAAUCACGGUGCUUUAGUUGUCUGUUUUCUGGCUCUGAGGCCCUCGCCCCAAAUUUAAGUCAAGAUGCAGACCGAAUUUUCAUUCUGUUCCAUUUAUAAUAUGAAUGGUAUUAAUACUCAUGUUUGCCUAACGACAUGUUGGAAUAGUGUCUCUAUUUAAUCUGCAUUAAAGCAAGAUGGGGAGCCAUCUGGAACUGACUUUUCCUUCUGUCU